CCAUCGUGUAAAGUGACAGUUCUAUUAUACUUGUAGGACCUGUUAUUAUGAUAAUUAUAAAUAAAUAUGCCGCUAGCUUUAUGCGGCGGAUGAAAAUUUCAAGUAUUAUUCAGUGCUUUGUGAACAAUUGUUUUUGCAAGUGUGUUUGUGUGGGCAUAAUCAAAUGGCAGGAAAUAACAUUCAUCUCGGUGGAAAUGUUGGCGAUAAAGAAAUGGCGAAGCCCUUGCAUAUUCAACGUAUCGAAGCAGCACUUGAUAUGAGACCUUUUUUGGCUUAUGCUGAAAGGAUUCUUGCCAAACCAUUAACCAGCAGCGACGAUGAAGAUGAUGAUGAUACCAGCGAUGAUGAAUCCGACUCAGACUCGUCUAGCGGAAACAUACGUAACUAUAGAAAGUUAGCAUUUGGUGUAAAAGCGUCAAAACAAGAACGAAAUGAAGACAAACGAUUUCUUUAUAAUUUGACUUCCGUGGGUCCAGAGAGGCUGUGGUUACAAAAUCUUUUACUAUCUGAUUCAGAAUCGGAAAGUGAAAUUUCGGAUGAAGAUGAGUACAUUCGUGACAUGCUUAAAAAUCACCUCAGAGAGAAAAAAUACCGAGGCAAAUACUACAGCACUAUGAGCAAUUCUCAAUAUGGAUAUUAUGGAACUGGGCUGUUAUCGAAUUACGACAUGUUUCCAGAGCAUCAGCGUUCUAUCGUAGGAGUUCGGAAGCGAAGAAUGAAACGGGUGAAGAAACCGGGCAAAUUAAAACCUGGGAAGAAAACAAUGAGAAAAACUGAAGGAGAUGAUCGUGUAUCUGAGCUUGGUGAUAUUGAUUGGGAAGAGCAGUUGGCAGCGUUGAAAAAUGAUAAUCAAGAUGAUAUGGACUCAAAAUCAGCAAGUCCGCUGGGAAUAAAAUCAAAACGAGGGCGCAAACCAGCUGCAAAAACACCUGAAAUGAUGGCUGCCAGAAGACGAAAAAUCUGGCAAUUAAUGGCUAAAAAGGAAUUAGGAAAACUGCAACGUGCCAAAACAAAUAAUCACAAAGAUAUGAUAACCAACUGUCGUCGAGUAGCAUCACUUUGCAUGAAAGUGUCUAGGCAAAAAGCCAUGCAAUCACAAAAAAUAAUGAAAGAAACCGUUUGGAAGGCUAAAAGGCUAACACGUGAAAUGCAAGGGUACUGGAAAAGGUAUGAUCGCGUGGAAAGGGAAACAAGAAGGCGCAUGGAGAAGGAAGCUGAAGAACAACGAAAAAUUGACAUAGAAAUGGUAGAAGCAAAACGGCAACAAAGGAAGCUUAAUUUUUUGAUUACGCAAACGGAGCUCUACGCUCACUUUAUGUCGAAAAAAUUAGGAAACGUGUCGAAAGAAGAACAGUUAAAAAUUCUAUCACAGCUUGAUGAAGAAUCAAACCCGAGACUAGCUUCAAUUGAUUGUUACGAUAGUGAUUUGAUGAAGCAACUAGCGCAUAAAAAUGCAUCUGAGGCAUUCAACAGUGAUCGUGUACGAAAGCAGCAAUUUGGUAAGGCUGUUCAGCAAAAGAUUCCGAUCAAUCAAAGAGUAGAUGAGUCUGGAACAAUUAUUGAUUUACCACAACCUACUAUUUUCCGAGGCUGCCUCAAAGGGUAUCAGUUAAAAGGGAUGACUUGGUUGGCAAAUCUUUAUGAUCAAGGAAUAAGCGGAAUACUUGCAGAUGAAAUGGGUCUUGGUAAAACGGUACAAUCAAUUGCAUUUUUAUGUCACAUCGCUGAAAGUUAUGGUGUUUGGGGCCCGUUCCUAAUCAUUUCACCAGCUUCAACAUUGCAUAAUUGGCAACAGGAAAUGGAAAGGUUUGUUCCGGAUUUCAACGUCGUUCCUUACUGGGGAUCACCGAAUGAACGAAAAAUUCUCCGGCAAUUCUGGGAACAGAAAGAUUUACAUACUAAAGAAGCUAGCUUCCAUGUGGUGAUAACAAGUUAUCAACUGGUAGUAUCGGAUUAUAAGUAUUUUAACCGUAUUAAAUGGCAGUACAUGGUUCUGGACGAAGCCCAAGCAAUUAAAAGUUCGAGUUCUGUACGAUGGAAGCUACUUUUAGGUUUCAAUUGUCGCAAUCGGUUGUUGCUUAGUGGUACCCCAAUACAAAACAGUAUGGCUGAGUUGUGGGCUUUACUGCACUUCAUCAUGCCAACGUUAUUUGAUUCACAUGAGGAGUUUAACGAAUGGUUUUCAAAGGACAUUGAAAGUCAUGCGGAAAAUAAAACCGGUAUAGAUGAAAAGCAAAUUUCCCGGCUUCAUAUGAUUCUUAAACCGUUUAUGCUUCGGCGUGUCAAGAAAGAUGUAGAAAACGAGCUAUCUGACAAAAUUGAAAUUAUGGUUUACUGUCCAUUAACAACACGACAAAAGUUGCUGUAUGUUGCUCUCAAAAAGAAAAUUCGUAUCGAAGAUUUGUUGCACCUUACUGGUCAUGGAACUGGCGAUGGACACGCGUUUGACAAAAACUUUACAUCAAAUCUGAUGAACCUUGUCAUGCAGUUUCGUAAGGUGUGCAACCAUCCGGAGCUUUUUGAGCGUCGAAAUGCCAAAAGUCCGUUUUUUUGUCAAACUGCCGAGUACAAGAUUGCACGCUUAAUAUUUAAUGAAGGGCUUAUUACAAGAUGCAUUCCUAGUAAACGGCACUUGCUUUUCAACCGGCUUAAUAUUUUCAAAUGUGAAAAUGUUUACAAAUCAAUGUUCAGGAAUUCAGAUGGACCCAACAUUAACUAUGCAAGUGUGCAGCAUUUAAAUGUCAAGAAUACGUUCUCGUUUUGUAGAUUAUCGCAUCUAUCACCAUCCGAAAUGGAAAAAUUGGCUGUGAACGGCCUCAUUCAUUAUUUGAACGACAUCAAUCAAUGGCAAGAACAUCUUAAGCUGCUGCACUACCGUUGGGUUUUUUGGCAAAAUUUUGGAAGCACAAGUUAUAUGUUACUAGAACCAACAGUUGAAAGAUGGGCUAACCCGCUGUUUAGAACAUUCUAUACGGUUUUAAAUAGUUUGAUUUUUACGGCGACUAGUCAAAGUAGUAUUUACACGCAUGCAGAUCACCGAAUACGUCCCAUGCAGGAAACAAUGGAACAUCGAAUUUUGAGAAGUCGAAAAGCUUCAAAAUUACACAUCGGCGAACGGCAAUUAAUGGCAUCUGCUACCGGUUUGGAAUUUCACGACAUAGAUGAUAUUCAACCAUUGUCAUUAAAAGAAAAACACACGAGUGCAAAGGUCCUGAUGACCAAUAUUUCCCUUUUGCCGGAGUUUCCGCAUACUUUUCAUCCGGAAACGAAACUUGAAUGCUGGCCAACAGUGAUGCCACGGUUUUUAUAUGGUCAAAUACCACGCAUUGUAAGUCCUGGAAGAAGACACUAUUGUGAAAGUCGAGAAGCCGCCUGGGCUGCAAUCAGACAUGAGCAUUGUGAGUCUAGAGAAGGAUUCGAACUAGUGAACGAUGCAUUGAAAUUGUCGUAUCCGACUGCGCAUGGUUGGUCCAACAUUGUUAUCCCGGACAAACAAACACUAGUAUCAGAUGCAGGCAAACUGGCAGUAUUAGACUCUUUACUGUCUCGUUUGAAAGUGCAAGGACAUCGCGUACUAAUUUAUUCUCAAAUGACUAAAAUGAUAGACUUACUGGAGGAAUACAUGUGGCACAGGAAACAUCGGUACAUGCGGCUGGACGGUUCUAGCAAAAUAUCCGCGAGACGUGAUAUGGUUGCAGACUUUCAGAAUCGUGCUGAUAUCUUCGUUUUUCUGCUUUCAACGCGAGCUGGUGGUCUAGGAAUCAACCUAACAGCAGCAGACACGGUAAUAUUUUAUGACUCUGACUGGAAUCCAACGGUUGAUCAACAGGCUAUGGAUCGUGCACAUCGCUUAGGGCAAACGAAGCAGGUUACAGUAUAUCGGUUAAUCUGCAAAGGUACCAUCGAAGAACGGAUUUUACAACGUGCAAGGGAAAAAAGCGAGAUUCAAAGAAUGGUCAUCAGCGGGGGAAAUUUCAAACCGGAUACACUAAAACCAAAAGAAGUUGUUUCGCUGCUGUUGGACGAUGAAGAGAUCGAGUUAAAAUACCGUCAAAAAACUGAGGAAAGGAAGUUUACCACCGAAGAACUACUGAAGAAUGAUAAGGAACGAGAUAAAAAGCGAAAGCAAAAUGCCGCUUCGUAUAAGGUUGCGGAACAGAAAAAACCAAAACCAGAUGGACUGCUCGAUGCUGACGAUUUGGCAUUCUUAGAAUCGGGAGCGCCAAGUCCUGCGCUGAGUGAGCAAUCAAACUACAGCGGUCAGAUAAAGUUGUCCGAAUCGAUUAGCCGAGACGAUUCCAGCAAUGACGCAAUUGACUGUGAUAGUACAAGUGGUUCAGUUACACCAGUCUUAUUUUCAACAUUCGAUGGAUUGGGUAGGCAAAGGAAACGUCACCACCCACGUGGAACCAAACGAGGCAGACCGCGUGGCUCACGUCGGGGUGGCGGAACGGGUAGUUCCGGUCGAACAGAUUCUGCUGCAACUUCGACGGCGUCCUUUGAUACACCUCCAUCAACCUCUGAGGCACCUAUUAUUCAGCAGCUGCCGCAGGUGAAGCGAGGACCCGGACGCCCACGUUUGAAAUUAAACGGACCUAGUAAUCAAGGAUACCGCAGUCACACACGACUUGUUCAACGUGUUAGAAAACCUGUUGGACCACUAGUAGUGCCAUUAGGACAAAGCCCUGCUGCUACACCAAUAGUACAAAGUCCUGCUCUUAGUCCAUCACAGAGCCCAGCACCUGAUCGAUCAUGAGAUAAAUUUAUCACUGUACUUGUUUAAAUCAGUUUAUUGGAGAUUUUCUAGUGCGUCUAGGACAUCGAAUUUGUCACAUUUCUUCGUGUACGUCAACCCAUUACUGGCAUUUGAAAAAAUGUUAGUUUGAUUGUAAUUCCGUAAUCGUCAUAUUGAAAUAAAAACUACCUUGAAAUCCA